UCAUCCCGGGGCCGGUUCCCGCUGUCUCAGCCGCCGCGCUGAGGGCGCACCAGCUUGAUAGGUCGGCCGCCGGUGCUGGGAGCCACCGCUUUCAGCUCGGCCCUCCUGGCUGGGAACCCGGGACCGACUCUGGCCGCAGCGCCUCUCGCCCUUCGUCGCUGUGCCGGGCGGGUGCCGGGCCGGCCAGCCGCGCUCCGGCCCUUCCCAGGCGGCUCCUUAGCCACAGCCCGCCCAAGAGGCAGAUGUGGCAAGAUAAAUGAAGGGGUGUAGAAGCAAAAUAAAUGACCCUGGCAAGGAGAACUACCAUCACUAAGGGCUGAACACAGUGAAAUCACUUACAGAUUUGGAAGGCUAUUAAGAACACAAGAUGGGGACUCCUGGUUCUGGAAGGAAACGAACACCUGUGAAAGAUCGAUUUUCUGCAGAAGAUGAAGCUUUGAGUAACAUUGCCAGAGAGGCAGAGGCAAGGCUAGCAGCAAAACGCGCUGCCCGGGCAGAAGCAAGAGAUAUACGCAUGAGAGAACUGGAACGACAACAAAAAGAGCACUCUCAUCAUUCCUUUGACAAGAAAUGGGGACAGAUUCACAAGUGGCUGGAAGAUUCCGAAAGGGCCAGGUAUUCGCACCGGUCCAGUCAUCACCGUUCUUAUCUGGGAGUUGAGGAUACAUUGUCCUUCCGAAGUCCUGGAAGUCACAGGAACCCAUCAAAGGAUAUUACUGGGACACUUUGGAGCAGAACCAGUACACCGAAGAGGAGAGACAUCAUGUAUGAUACUCUCAAGGAUAGAUCAUCAAGACUUUCAUCAUUAAAUCAUUCUUACAGUCACUCUUACGGAACGAAGAAGCGAUCUUCUCAUUUUCAUAAAGACCCCCUGAGUGGCCUCUACUUUGAUCAGAGAAACUAUAGCAGUCUUAGAUAUAGCAAACCCACCUCUGCUUACUACACUCGGUCUUCUUCCCUAUGCAGUGACCCUCUGGCAACAUCUAAGAGUCAUAGGGCCUCCCCUACUGCAAAUUCUGGUCUGCUGAGAAGUGCCAGCCUGGCAUCAUUCUACGAUGGUGGAUUAUAUAACCCUUAUAGUUCUCGAACUCCAUCUGAAUACAGUUCUUACUCAUCAAGAGCAAGUUCAGCCCGAAGCAGUCCUGUGUUGGUCAACGAUGACACUGCGAGCAUUGUAUCUUCUCUAUCUUCUGAUCGUGCCAGUCAUGGGCGAAGCGAGAGUGUGGUUUCUGCUGCUGAUUAUUUUAGUCGCUCCAAUCGUAGGGGAAGUGUUGUCUCUGAGGUUGAUAACAUCAGUAUUCCAGAUACGACCAGUUUGGAUGAAAAAUCUGACAAACAGUAUGCUGAAAAUUAUACAAGGCCUUCAUCUCGAAAUUCUGCCUCAGCAACAACUCCUCUAAGUGGAAACUCAUCCAGACGAGGAAGUGGGGACACCAGCAGUUUAAUAGAUCCAGACACCUCAUUAAGUGAAUUGCGGGAUAUCUAUGAACUUAAGGACCAGAUACAGGAUGUAGAAGGGAGAUACAUGCAGGGGCUUAAAGAACUAAAGGAGUCUUUGUCUGAAGUGGAAGAGAAAUACAAGAAAGCCAUGGUUUCCAAUGCACAAUUAGAUAAUGAAAAGAACAAUUUGAUCUAUCAAGUGGACACCCUUAAGGAUGUUAUUGAAGAACAGGAGGAACAGAUGGCGGAAUUUUAUAGAGAAAAUGAAGAAAAAUCAAAGGAGCUAGAAAGGCAGAAACAUAUGUGUAGUGUGCUGCAGCAUAAGAUGGAUGAACUUAAAGAAGGCCUUCGGCAAAGAGAUGAGCUUAUUGAGGAGAAUCAGCGCAUGCAGCAGAAACUAGACACCAUGACAAAAGAAGUGUUUGACCUCCAGGAGACACUUCUUUGGAAAGAUAAAAAAAUUGGGGCCCUAGAGAAACAGAAAGAAUACAUUGCCUGCCUUAGGAAUGAGCGAGAUACGCUCAGAGAGGAGCUGGCUGACCUGCAGGAGACAGUGACAGGAGAGAAACAUGGUUUAGUUAUAAUUCCUGAUGACACUCCCAAUGGUGAUGUCAAUCAUGAACCAGUGGUUGGUGCCAUUACUGUUGUGUCUCAGAAAGCUGCUCAGGUCCUGGAGUCAGCAGGAGAAGGGCCACUAGAUGUAAGGCUACAGAAACUUGCAGGAGAAAAGGAAGAGCUACUAUCACAGAUUAGAAAACUGAAACUGCAGUUAGAAGAAGAACGGCAGAAGUGCUCCAGGAAUGAUGGCACAGCGGGUGACCUGGCAGGACUUCAGAAUGGCUCAGACUUGCAGUUUAUCGAAAUGCAGAGAGAUGCCAAUAGACAAAUUAGUGAAUACAAAUUUAAGCUUUCAAAAGCAGAACAGGAUAUAACCACCUUGGAGCAAAGUAUUAACCGGCUUGAGGGGCAGGUGCUGAGAUACAAAACUGCUGCUGAGAAUGCUGAGAAAGUUGAAGAUGAACUGAAGGCAGAAAAGAGGAAGCUACAACGAGAGUUACGAACAGCACUGGACAAGAUUGAGGAGAUGGAAAUGACCAACAGUCACCUGGCCAAGCGGCUAGAGAAGAUGAAGGCCAACAGGACAGCACUUCUGGCCCAGCAAUAGGGCAGCUGCCCUUUGACCUGGGUGCUGCUCUGUGGGGCCCUGCCCAGAGGGACUGACUCUUUUUUGUACAUUGACACAAACCCUUUCAGUACUGUUUUGAGUUUUUGUCAUUAAAAACAUCCACCUUUGUAUUUUAUAAUUUAUGAGAAUGAAGCAGGUUUGAAUCUUCAUGAACGAACACUUUGGAUUUUGUGUGUAGUUUGAUUCUAGACUAAGAACUGGUCUGUGCUAUUCAUGUUUUGUUUCCAUAAUUUUAGAAUCAUGUUUACUCAACAUUUUCCCCCAGCUCCCUCAGUGACUGGGCACUUGGAGGCCUUGGCACGAGGUCUGGAGGACAGCAGUUCUAUUGCGCUGAGAUACUUGCUGGAGACCUCAGAAAACACAAGUGCCUUCUCCACAGAGCAAUUCAGACUUCACUGGUAUCCCGUGGUCAAAAGACAUCUACCCGUCAUAUGAGAUAGUGUUUAUAUUUUAGUGAAGAAAUAAGUUCAAGCAUCGGAAAUCAAUGUGUUUCACUCAAAUUUAUAUGUUUGGAGGAAAACCCCCCCUUUUUUUGUAAAAUAUUUAAAUUUAUAUAAGAAAAUGUUAGAAAAAGAUACGGGGAAUGUAUAUAAAACUUGCUUUAUUGCAGGGGGUAGUGGAAGUCCAAGGCCUAUUCUCUUAGAGUAAGAGCAGGGUCCUUAUUCUUCCAUAUCAACUAUGCUGUACCUUCUAAAGUAUUUUCAUCAGCUGCUUAUUUGUGGAAUGAACCUCAGACAAGCCCAAACGUGGAGGGAAGGGCAGGGCAGGCAGGUGGGAAAUCUGCCUGUGAAUUCUAUUAAAAAUACCCUUCUUGCCGACCUCAA